UACAUAAUCACCCCGCGUUUCAUCUCAUUCCGUCGUCAGGUUGCCCCGCUCAACUGGCAGCAUCCUCGUGAUCGCUCUUACCUACCUAGGUCAGGUACGGUAUCCACCUAGGUAUUCGAUCAAUCCCUCGUUCUUAAAAUCCCCAGCGGCUAAAACUUACUAACUCGCUUGCAUCAUCGUCAUCAACAACAAUAACAUCAACAACCACGUCACUGAAUCACUCGCUUUCCCACUCACUUAUAUUCAGACACAAGCAAACCCAACUCAGAUAGAUCUGCUUGGCUAUCCGAUUUCUCCUCUUUUGUCACCGUUCAAUUGCCCAACUUCUGGAUUUGUUUUCUAAGCUUGUCGAGCUUGUCAAGCUUCUUUGCGAUAAACGCCAGCAAACCCCUUCGUUCUUUCACCUACCUAGGUAGCUCAAUCAUCGCAGCAACACGUAGUUUGUUGCUACACUAGCCUCGUGAAAGGGCUGAUAAACAAAAUAUAUCAGUCCCUAUUACUAGCAUCGUAGUCGUAUAUCUAGCACAAUAUGGAUACUGAAUCCGGAUUGCCGCCUAACUGGGAGGUGCGCCACAGCAACUCCAAGAACCUCCCGUACUACUUCAACGCGAAUGAUAAGGUCUCGCGUUGGGAACCCCCGUCUGGUACCGAUACCGAGAAGUUGAAGAAGUACAUGGCCACCAACCACUCAGCCACAUCCCAGAUCUCCUCCGCCGGCAAACCCGAGGGCAAGAUCCGCGCUGCCCACCUAUUGGUGAAGCACCGCGACAGUCGACGACCCGCAAGCUGGCGCGAGAGUGAGAUUACUCGAACCAAGGAGGAAGCCAUGGCUAUUAUCAAGGCUCAUGAGCAGAAGAUUAAGAGCGGCUCUGUAUCCCUCGGCGAACUCGCCAUGAGCGAGAGUGACUGCAGUUCGGCCAGAAAACGAGGUGACCUUGGCUAUUUCGGCAAGGGGGACAUGCAGAAGGAAUUUGAGGAGGCCGCUUUCGCAUUGCAGCCAGGCCAGAUGAGUAGUGUUGUGGAAACGGCAAGUGGACUACAUUUAAUCGAGAGAUUGGUGUAGAUCCUAUAGGAAUCGAAAGGAAAAGAGCGCACGAUACUUAGCCAUGGCCAUAUUCAGAAUAAGUGCCAGGCGAACAUCGUGUUCAUGAAAUUAGGAUCCAUUUCCCGUCAUUCAGCAUAGCAUAGAGGAAACUGAGAGAAGUUUCCCCUUUCACGAAUACAAAAUUUUGCUGUUUAGCUGGCCUUACAAAUCAAAUCCAUUCACUUUAAUCAAAUUUUCAUGGUUUUCCAAGUACUCAGUGCUUAGGUAGAUAGCGGCGGGUUCUAAGAACCACCAGGAAUAUACCUAGGUAGUCCCCUGAGAUUCUCCUAAAUGUCUACCUAUUUUGGGUGUAAUGUGUUAGUACCUUUUAUUACCAUCAUAGCCAGAUUACUCCCAACCCCUGUCCAGUUCAGUUACACCAAAAUUUCCCCCAGGUAUACUUUCAUACGUUACUACGUCGUUCCGCUACGGGCUUAGGCAGCUUGACAGAUCUUAUCAUGUGAGACCAAGUCCAUGCGGUCAUCCAAGAAGGAAAUACGGCAUUCUCACAUCGCGAUACGGUUUCUCAUAUACCAGAUAUAGAUCACGAUCCUAAAAGCUAGAUCGGCAUUAGCCUGAGACCAGGUGAUCCCGGGGGGGGGAGGGG